AUGUCUUCUAGGCCUGAGUUGAAGGUUGACGACGAGGGUGGCUUUAUUCGCCAAUUUCGUCAACUUCCAAGCAAAGAUGAUACCACGACAAUACGGAUCUUCGAGCGGGGAGAUUGGUACUCUGCUCACGGUGCAGAUGCGGACCUCAUCGCUCGAGCAGUUUACAAAACUACAGCGGUGAUCCGCUAUCUCGGCAAAUCUGAUAAUGCUCUUCCCUCUGUCACAAUGACCACGACAGCGUUCCGAAAUUUUCUACGAGAAGCUCUAUUCAGACUGGGUAAGAGAGUUGAGAUCUUCGAAAACAAUGGCAAGGGAGCAUGGGUUCUGGGUAGGCAAGCUAGUCCUGGCAAUCUACAGAGCGUCGAGGAUGAGCUGGGCACUGGGUCGGCAGACGCCAGCCAGGCCGCACCUAUCAUACUUGCAGUCAAGGUCAGCGCCAAGGCUGAGGCGCGUACGGUUGGAGUCUGUUUCGCAGAUGCCAGUGUGCGUGAGCUCGGAAUCAGUGAGUUCUUGGAUAACGAUCUGUACUCGAAUUUCGAGUCCCUUCUCAUUCAGUUGGGUGUGAAAGAGUGCCUCAUGGCCGCUGAUGGGCAGAAAAAAGAUGCUGAGCUUGCCAAGCUGAGAAACAUUGCGGACAGCUGUGGGAUCGCUGUUUCAGAGAGGCCCAUGGCUGAGUUCGGCACGAAAGAUAUCGAGCAAGACCUGGUUAGAUUGCUAAAGGAUGACAAAGCUACGGGCACCCUACCGCAGACCGAUCUGAAGCUGGCAAUGGGUUCCGCAGCUGCCCUUGUCAAGUAUAUUGGAGUAAUGACUGAUCCUUCCAACUAUGGGCAGUAUCAGCUUUACCAACAUGAUCUAUCCCAGUUCAUGAAGUUGGAUUCAGCUGCACUUCGAGCUCUCAAUCUGAUGCCCGGACCAAGAGACGGAUCGAAGACCAUGAGUCUAUUUGGUCUGCUUAACCACUGUAAGACGCCGGUGGGAGGCCGGCUUCUGGCGCAAUGGCUGAAGCAACCUUUGAUGAGCUUGCAGGAGAUCGAGAAGCGACAACAAUUGGUGGAAGCCUUUGUGAUGGAUACUGAACUGCGGCAAACCAUGCAAGAAGAACACCUCCGAUCAAUACCUGACCUCUUUCGACUUUCCAAACGUUUUCAGAGAAAGUUGGCCAACCUUGAAGAUGUCGUGAGGGCUUACCAAGUUGUCAUCAGGUUACCUGGGAUCAUUGGGACGCUAGAAGGAGUCAUUGACGAGCAAUAUCAGGGGCCCUUAGAAGCCGAAUAUACUACGAAGCUGAGAGGUCUCUCGGAAAGUCUCUCGAAACUGGCCGAGAUGGUAGAAACGACAGUCGAUCUGGAUGCUCUGGAUCGUCAUGAAUUUAUCAUCAAACCUGAAUUUGAUGACUCCCUCCGUAUCAUCCGGAAGAAGCUGGAGAAGAUCAGACGAGAUAUGGAUCAGGAACAUCGUCGUGCGAGCCAAGAUCUGAAUCAGGAGGUCGACAAGAAGCUAUUCCUGGAGAAUCACAGAACGCAUGGUUGGUGCUUCCGACUGACUCGUAACGAAGCAUCAUGCAUUCGAAACAAGAAAUCGUACCUCGAGAUAUCAACACAAAAGAACGGUGUAUACUUCACCACCAACGUCUUGCAAGCUCUUCGUCGCGAUCAUGACCAGCUCUCAACUUCAUACAAUCGCACCCAGUCAUCUCUUGUUACCGAAGUUGUCUCCGUUGCAGCAUCCUACACCCCCGUCCUAGAGUCACUUGCCUCCCUUCUCGCGCAUCUCGAUGUUAUCGUCUCAUUCGCACACGUCUCUGUCCACGCGCCAUCAGCUUAUGUCCGGCCAACGAUGCAUGCUCGUGGCACAGGCGAUACCAUAUUGAAAGAAGCAAGGCACCCGUGUAUGGAAUGUCAGGAUGAUAUCUCGUUUAUCACCAACGAUGUCGAGCUGCGCCGUGAUCACUCAAGGUUCCUAAUCAUUACUGGACCCAACAUGGGAGGCAAGUCAACCUAUAUCCGAACAAUUGGGACCAUAGCAUUACUGGCACAAGUGGGCUGCUUCGUCCCCUGCACUGAAGCGUCGCUCACAAUAUUUGAUUGCAUUCUCGCUCGUGUUGGCGCCUCAGAUUCCCAGCUGAAGGGUGUGUCGACCUUCAUGGCGGAAAUGCUGGAAACUGCCAACAUUCUAAAGAGUGCAACCAGAGAUAGUCUCAUCAUCAUUGACGAGUUAGGAAGAGGUACCAGCACUUAUGACGGUUUCGGAUUGGCAUGGGCGAUCAGUGAGGAGAUUGUGAAGGGCAUUGGAGCCUUUGGCUGCUUUGCAACGCACUUUCAUGAGCUCACUGCGCUCGCGGACCAAUACCCUGAUGCUGUCAAGAAUUUACAUGUUGUAGCAUUUGUUGGAGGUGGAGAGACGAAUGGGGCUGUGAAGAGUGAUGGGGUGGAUGAUGCCAAAGCAAAGAGGAGGGAAGUGACUCUGCUUUACCGCGUGGAGCCUGGCAUCAGCGAUCAAAGCUUCGGUAUCCACGUGGCUGAGCUGGUCCGCUUCCCUGAGAAAGUCGUCAACAUGGCGAGGAGAAAAGCAGAAGAGCUGGAAGACUUUUCCACAGAUCACGAGGCUAAGACGGACGACUAUUCCAAAGAAGAUGUGGAGGAGGGUAGUGCUCUCCUGAAGCAAAUGUUGGUGAAGUGGAAGGCACAGGUCGAGGCGGGUGACAUGACAAAGGACCAGAAGAUGCAAGCGAUGAGGGACUUGGUCAAGACUGAUGAGAAAUUAAUGUGCAACAAAUUCUUUCACUCAGUGAAAGCACUGUAA